AAAUGGAUAGUGGAUAUGGGAUUGCUUUGCUCUGGAGAGUUAAGGCUUGGAUACACAAAGUUCUCAGGAGGCGUCAAGAUGGGAAUUGAAAAGCAAGUCAAGGUCACCAGUGGGGCAGUGCGCUAUGGCGCCUCAUAUGGAGGCAAUAGACUCUUCUCAAGCAGCAGAAGCUCUGGCAGGUCUGGGUUUGGAGGAGGCGGCUUUGGAGGUGGUUUUGGAGGAGUAGGGCUCUCCAGAGCCGUUGGGUUUGGAGGAGGAGGCGGUGGAGGUUUUAGCCACAGAGGUGGAUAUGGUUUUAGUGCAGGUAGUGGUUUCAGAGGUGGAUUUGGCGGAGGUGCAGGGUUUGGAGGGGGGUAUGGAGCUGGAGGUGGGUUUGGAGCUGGUGGGGGGUUUGGAGGAGGUGCGGGAGCGGGUUAUGGUUUAGGAGGAGGAAUUGGAGCUGGAGGUGGAAGAUUGGGGGGAGCACUAGGAGUUCUUAAAACCCGAUUGGGAGGUAGAGGAUUUAAGGUCGGUAGCUAUGGCUACGGCCCCUCACUCUUGUUUGGAGCAAGGCCAGGAUUUGGUGGACCAGGCGGUCCUGGUGGCCUCCCCGACAUCCCCUCCAUUGACCCAUCCCUGCCCUCUGUGGACACUGUCCAGGUGACCCGCCUAAAGGAGAAGGAGGAACUCCAGCACUUGAACAACAAGUUUGCAUCCUUCAUUGACAAGGUCCGCAGCUUGGAACAGCAAAAUACCAUCCUUAAAGCCCAGAUUUCUGUAUACAAUAGAAGUGACCCAAGUGGUCCAGCAAACACCUCUGUAGUGACAACCACUGCUGUUGCUGGCUACAAGGCACAGAUUGAUACUUUAACCCAAACCAAACAAGCACUGCUGGCAGAAAUCGAUCACUACAAGCACAUUAUUGAGGAAGUGCAAGUGAAAUAUGAGGAAGAUACAUCAGUAACAAAGACUUUGGAGGGAGAAUGGACCACACUGAAAGAGGAUGUAGAUCACUUGUAUUUGACCAUCUUCGACUUGCAGACAAAACUUACUGGAGUUGAAGAUCAAAUAACUCUUUCCAAACAAAUAUAUGAUGCUAAAGUCAGAGAAGUGCAGACUCUUGUUACAGGUGGAACAAAAGCAGCCAUUUCCAUCUUAUUCGAUAACUCUGCCCAGGCUGUAGACCUUACAACAGCCAUUUCUGAUAUGAAACUACAAUAUGAAUCUCUAGUUGCAAAGACCAAGCAGGAUGCUUUUGCCGCAGCAGAAAGCAAGAUCAUUUUGGCAUCUGGAUCUUUACAACAACCAACCGUAUAUGCCCUGACAUCUUACAAAGAAGAGCACAGGUUGCUGAAACAGCAGGUGGAAUCCAUACAACGUGAAAUAGAGCGUGUUAAGACAGUGAACCUCCAGAUAGAAUCUCAGAUAUCAGAGGCAGAAAGCAGCACAUCUGGUGAGACAGACACAUAUCAAGAACAAGCUUCAGCCCUCAAGUCACAGUUAGAUGACAUCAGAAAGCAAAUUGCUCACUAUGGCCAAGAAUAUCAAGAUCUCUUGGCAGUGAAGAUGGGAUUAGAUGUUGAAAUUACUGCUUACAAGAAACUCAUGGACAGUGAAGAGCUAAGACUCAACAGUGGAAGUAGCAUCACUGUACACAUGUCUAAAUCAUCUCUAGGAGGAGGUGGAGGUGGAGGUGGUGCUGGAGGCGCUGGAUAUGGCUUGGGAGGUGGCCUCGGUGGUGGCUUUGGCGGAGGUUAUGGUGGCGGCUUGGGUGGUGGCCUAGGAGGAGGUCUAUCAACAAGCUUUGCAAGUGGCCUAGGAGGAGGCCUAGGAGGAGGCCUUGGUGGAGGCCUAGGAGGAGGCCUUGGAGGUGGUUUUUCUCUAUCUAGUGGUCUUGGCGGAGGCAGUGGCAUUGGAUUUGGAGGAGGCGGCUAUGGUGGAGGACUAUACGGAAGCCUGAAUUCAAGCUCAAUAUCCACCUCUACCACCUAUUGAAGAGGGCUAACGGCUAAACAUCUACGAUGAAUGUUUGAGAACUUGCGUUACUGCGUGAAGAUUUCAACACAACCAGAUUUCGUAAACGCAAUGUUUUAUGUCUGCACUUAGCUUCCAAGAAGACAACCAAUGCUUAACAAUUCUUUACUUGAUAUUUUCUUAUAACAAGGGAACCUUUGUUAUAUAUUUUUUAAUCUUGCGGUUAAGAGGUGCUUUUUUUCCCCCUGUCUGUUUCUAAAUACUGACCAGCUACUUUCAACAGAAUGAAAGAUAAAUUAUACAUGUAACCAAGAGCCUGCCACAUAAAUCUCUAAUUACUAAACUGCAGGAAGUUUGGCUUUUAAGGGAUUUCUCACUGAGUUAUGGACUGCUGAACAGAAAAAGGACAGGACUGUAUUUGUCAGGCUGAAAAUGUGCAAUAAUGGAAACGCAGUAUAAAUGAUUACUGUGAUUGACGUACUGCCAACUUUCGAAAAGCUGCAAUUUCAUGCUAAACACACCAUGUACUAAUCCUAUUAAAGGAGUUUAUUACAAUCUCCUACAGAGUCCUUGUUGUAAAACAUUUAGCAGAUUCCUGAGCAGAAUAAGGGCUUUUUUUUUUAAAUUGUAAAGAAAUCUGAAAAAAUAAAAAUAAAAAGCAUUUCUUAAA